CAGACAAGCCACAUCGUAGGAUCGCAAUAUACGACCCACCCUAUCAUCCCCUGGUCUUUUACGCACUUGGGUAGAAAUAUGGGUACAACUAGUGUGGAUUGCUUGGGAGCCCCCUGUAGCUCCCGGGCAUAUCUGCGUAGUUGUUCUAGAUUCACGACCCGUCAGCCCUGUGGCUGACUUUUCCAAAACGUCGUUGCAGCUCCUUUACGAUGGGACUGACGAGAUACAAAAAUGGCAAUAAAUAUCUCGCCGCAUCCUCCUCCGCUGGUCAGCCAAGUUACACAACUCAAGCCCAAAUCCACCUCUCCGGAGUGCACAGCAGAACGACAUGGCAACCACAACAUCCUCCCUUAUCCCCUCCACAACCACUGCCAGCAACUCCCCCAGUUGUACAACAGCCGUGCCGGACAAGUACGGCCAUGUCCCCUUCGAAGCCUGCAACUCGUACUACAACUUCGAUCCCAACUUCGAGGCCGCCGUAGCCGUGGCCGUGCUCUUCGGCCUGCUGACAGCAAUACACAUCGCCGAAGCCAUCAUCUACAAAAAGCGCUACGCCUGGGUCCUUAUAAUGGGCGCCACCUGGGAAACCAUCUCCUUCACCCUCCACGCCCUCGGCGCGCACCGCCAGCAGAGCACCGCCCUCGCCAUGGGCCACACGCUCCUCUACCUCCUGGCGCCGCUGUGGGUCAACGCCUUCGCGUACAUGACGCUCGCGCGGGCGGCGCACCUGCUGUCGCCGCGGCGGCGCGCCGGGCCCUUCAAGUCGACGGUCCUGAGCAAGGUGUUUGUGUGGGCCGACGUCGCGACGUUCCUCGUCCAGGGCGCCGGCGGGAGCGUGGCUAGCGGGCCGGAUGUCGAGUCCAAUACCCUCAAGUGGGGGUUGCGCGUGUACAUGAUUGGGAUGGGGUUGCAGGAGGGGGCGAUCCUGUGCUUUGUUGGUCUGAUGGUUGCGUUCCAGCGGGAGAUGAGGGCCGUCGAUGUCGUUGCCGUUGCUGGUCGGACUGCCAUGGGGUGGAAGGGUAUGCUGUACGCAUUGUACGCUGUGCUUGCUGCCAUUACGGUCCGGAUCAUCUACCGCAUCGCCGAGUUCGCCGGCGGGGUGACGCCCAGCAACCCGAUCCCGUUCCACGAGGCGUACAGCUACGCCCUCGACGCGUUUCCCAUGCUGGCGGCCCUCGUCAUCCUCGCCGUCUGGCACCCCGGCCGGGUCCUGCAGGGGCCCAACUCGGACUUCACCCUGGUCCGGGCGGAGAGGAAGGCCGCCAAGAAGGCCGCCAAGGCGGAGAAGAGGGCUGCCAAGGAGGCCGCGAAGGAGGACAAGCGGGAGCGGAAGGAGGAGAGGCGCAGAGUCAGGGACGCCAAGAGGAAUGGAGGCUAUGAGGAUAUUGAACUUGGGACCCAGUUCUCGGAUUAAGGAUGGUUAGACUGCCCGAAUUAGACGACAGGAUUUAGAUACUGGUUGAAUUGAUAAACUGGACUGCAGG